CACACACACGCACACGCGCGCGCCCAGUCCUUAACAGAGCAGAGAUGAAAUCAUCCUCGUGCCAGCAGAGCGCGCGCUGUCCUGCUAAUGUUCAUGUAAACACAUCGCUAAACUAGAUUCAAACAUGUUCUGGAGAAACAGGCGCGGUGCUGGAGUGUUAUACUACUGCUGUGUGGAUGCUGAGGUGCCUUUAUUUAUUUAUUUAUUUUUUUGCCCGUUGCUAUGGAGUUGCUAGGGUAUUGUUUGGUUACACCCAGUGUUUCCUAUACAUUGAUUUAUUUGUGGCGCCUGCCCCAAUAUCAAAACCGACCGCCACAAAUAUAUUUUCCAAAAGGCUUAUUGACUUCGUUGAAUAAACAUGAGCACUGCACGUUUCAAAAUCGAAACCAGGUGCGGGCGUUUUUAUUUCACUGUAUUUCUGAACGAAUCUGUCUUCAGAAAAAUGUGGAUAUCAUUUUCAUUUCAUCUUGCAUGAUAAAGCAGCGUUUGUGAGCGGAGCACUGCUUUGUAUACAGCCGUUACCGGGGAAACCAGCGUUACAAGCGCCUCCUGCUGGCAGAGAAUGAAUCUGCAUAUAUGCCGCCGUAAAUAGAGUCUAAGGGCUUUUUAACGAUCUAAUUCUGAGCGCAUGGUCUAAAGCGCACGGCAAGUGCACUCAGGGCGUGUCCGAAUCCACUUUUGCUAGUUUAACGACGGGAAAACGGUCGGUGUGGCCGGGCUCAUGGUCUAAACGGGGUUUCCCUAUUCUCUUAAUGAGUAAUGGGCGUUUUGGGGCGUAACGUGCAAUAAACCAAUCAGAGUCUCAGCUCUCAUUCCCUUUAAGAGCAAGUUGCGCUCGCGCCAUGGCGGAUUCGCUAUUUAAACUGCGGAAUUUUAAGGCGCACAGACUGAACGCGUCUCCAGAGAGCAAACGGAUCUGCUCAUGCGCGAGCAAAUAGGGGAGCAUUGACCUUUUAGAAACCUUCGGAGUUGUAAAUGAGAAUGGCAGUGAAAUCUCAUCCAUGCCACCAGUGCAACCUCCUCUGACCUUCGAUUAUGUUCUUGUGGCAAAAAUCUCAGAGGAUGAGAACAACCACAUCUUCAAAAAACAGACAGCUUUCAUUGAAACUUUAAAGAAUAAAUUAAAUGUAUAUAAAUUUGGAGAUGAGGAUGAUAAGGUGUUUUAUUGCAUCCGAGCACCAGAACAUACUUUCGAGACUUACCGGUAUCUCUUGAAAGUGUCUGACGCCUGUAACUGGAGUUGUGAGCAGCAGGGUACUAUACCUCAGUCAACCAGGAUUCGUAUUGUUGAUUUCAUUCUGCAUCACACAUGCAUUGAAUCAGAAGGCGUUUCAGAAUAUCUGCCAGAUCUCAUGAAAAAAAAUGUUUUUGAGACUCACUUUUGUUUGCAUGAGAAAAGGGAGCAAAAGGAUUUGAAGCAGAGCUGGGCUCGAUGGUCUGCUUGUUUCAAAGGGCAACCCAUAACUAACGUCAGAAACUACCUUGGUGAGAAGGUGGCUCUGUAUUUCCUAUGGCUGGGCUGGUACACAUUUCUCUUGAUUCCUGCUUCUGUAAUUGGUCUCAUAGUGUUCCUGUACGGUGUGGCCUUCUACAACACAAGUCCUCUCAUAAAGGAGGUGUGCCAGUCAAAAGUAAUUAUGUGCCCUCUGUGCGAUAAAACAUGCAGAGUGUGGGAGCUUUCUGACACCUGCAUGUAUGCAAAGGUGAGCCUUCUGUUUGAUAAUGAGGGAACAGUGGCAUUCGCCAUGUUCAUGGCAGUGUGGGCUACUGUGUUUCUGGAGUUCUGGAAACGCCACAGAUCAUCUUACGUGUGUGCAUGGAAGGUCUUUGACUGGUGUGAAGAAGAGGAGGAGUUGAUUCUGGAGAUUGUAAAUAAUGCACGCUGCGAACUCAAGAUUCACAGGCACUCUUAUCUGCGUUCCACUAUAGUACUGGUUUUAGUCACUCUCAUGUUGCUGAUCAUCAUUGGUUUGACCCAUGUCCUGGUUGUGUGUCGAGUGAUUGCUACUGUGCUGCUGGCCGAAAACAGUCCUUGGAAGGUCAUUACUGAGAAUUCGCAAACAGUUGCUGUGAUGCUCGGAGCUGUGCUUCACUACAUCACUAUCACCGUCAUGACUCGGGUCAAUUGUACAGUAGCUAUGAAGCUGAGUGAAAUAGAGAAUAAGCACUCCCAUGCUGCCAUUGAAAGGAGUUUCACUGUCAAGAUGUUCAUAUUCCAGUUCUUUACCAUGUUCUCCUCUCUCAUCUACACAGCGUUCUUUCUGGGAAGGAUCAAUGGUCAUCCUGGAGGAUAUGUGAGGAUAUCUGGCAUAUGGAGACUGGAAGAGUGUCACCCAAGUGGCUGUCUCACAGAUUUGUUCAUUCAGAUGUCUGUUAUCAUGGUACUUAAACAGACCUUCAACAAUAUAUUUGAAUAUUCUGGUCCCUGGUUUAGUCGGUGGUUGAAAAGGAAAAAGACCAAUAAGUUUAGGAGAAGGUGUUUCAAAUGCUAUAAGAAGGAGUGUAUGAAUGCCAAGGAAGGAUCUGAACUCUGUGAGAAUUGCAAACUCGAAGAAAUGCACAGAAACUACAGCCUGAUUAAAACGGAUCGCUUCAGCCUCUUUAAUGAGUUCUUGGAAAUGGUGAUCCAGUUCAGUUUUACUACUAUCUUUGUGGCAGCAUUUCCUUUGGCUCCAUUGUUGGCUCUUCUAAACAACAUCAUUGAGAUCCGAUUGGAUGCCAUUAAGAUGGUCAGCCUUGAGCGCAGACUAGUGCCAACGAAGGCCAAUGAUAUUGGUGUUUGGACAGAUGUGCUUGAGGUGAUUGGUGUGCUUGCAGUCAUUGCUAAUGGACUGGUCAUUGGUAUAUCCUCUGAUUUCAUUCCACGACUGGUUUACCAGUACUUCUAUGGGCCCUGUGCCAGCAGCAGUGCUACUGGCAUUGCUUGUAUGGCUGGAUACAUAAACAACACUCUGUCCAUUGCUAAUAUAAGUGAUGAGAGAGUCAGGGAUGAUUUCACAAGUGUUCAAAUGGUCACUUACAGUGGCAUAAAUGUGACACACUGCAGCUACAGAGACUACAGAAGUAAUGAAGACUUUAGUUUAACUAAUCAGUUUUGGGUCAUUCUGGCAGCACGGUUAGUCUUCAUCAUUCUAUUUGAGCAUGUAGUGGUGACAUUUAAGUGUGUAGCAAGCUGGUUUGUCCCUGCCUCACCACUGGAUGUGAGAAAUGAAAGACUGUAUGAUAAACUCAGUAGGCUUAAGGAAGAAUUGAGAGCUCAGAGAGCACACCAGGACACUUUGACCAAACUAAAUGAGAAUGGUAAUGCAAAAAGAACAUCUAAACAGAAAAAAGCAAAUAAGCUAAAUAGUAUGUGAGAAAAUGAGCUAAAACAAGAUUCUCCUGCAUACAAUUCUUAGGUCCUUAUUCUAGAAGCCUAUGAAUUUUGAUUGUUGCUAAUUACCUAAGUUUUUACAUUUUAAAAGAUGGUCAUUUUUUAAUUGUUUAUUGCAUCUCACAGUUUGUGGGUUAAUGACUGCUUGAUAAAUCAGUUGUGUUUAUCAUGUAUAUGUUUACACUACUGUUCAAAAGUUUUGGAUCUCUGCAAGUUUAUUUUAUUUUAUUUUUUAUUUUUUUAAGAAAGGUAUUCUGCUCACCAAGGCUGCAUUUAUUUGAUCAAGUGAUGUAAAAUUGCCACUAAAAUAUAGUAAAAUUAAUAUAUUAUUUUAAUAAAUUUUAAAAUGUACUUUAUCCCUGUGACGGCAAGCUGACUUUGUUACAUUGACACUGCAGCAUCAUUACUCCAGUCUUCAAUGUAAAUAUCUUUACAGUCACUUUUGAUCAAUUUAAUGCAUCCUUGCUGAAUAAAGUCAAUCAAUCAAUCAAUCGAUACUUUAAAUAUGGAAAUGUGAAUAUUUUGGUAAACUUUGUUAGUUGCACACUUUGUAUAUAAUUUUUUAUUUUUUUAUAUUUGAAUUUUUUUUUUUAGCAAGUAAACCCAUUUGUUGCUUUUUUAUUUUAUACUGUAUAUACAUCUUAUAAAAUUUAUUGUUCUCAUCAUAAAUGGCCUGAAUGUAAAAUUAAAUAAUUUUCUUCAAACAAAUGUAUGAAGGUGGUUUCUGUUCUGUCAGAAUGUAAUUGAAUAAAAUCCAUGAAAUUGACAUCUUGACCUCUAAGUCAAUUUCACCAACUUUUUCACAUA